CUUAAGUCUAAAUACAUGGCUAGUUUAUAUAUGACAUCAGCUCUUAUUUACCAAAAUGUUAUUACCCAUAAUAACUUCCGUCUUCCAAGUUUCAUAUGCAGAUCCAUGACCAAAAUGACGCCGGAUAAUGUUUCUGUUGAUGUCCGCCGUCGACGCUCCGGCAACUAUCAGCCUUCUCCUUGGGACCAUAGCUAUCUCCUCUCUAUCAAUAAUAAAUAUGCGAAAGAUCAAGAGAAAGUGAUGGCUAGAGAUUCGUUGAAGGAAAAAGUGAGGAAGAUGCUUGGUGCUGAGACAAGGAGUCGUCUCGAGCAAUUAGAGCUCAUAGACGUGCAAAAACUUGGCAUUUCAUAUCAUUUUGAGGUAGAAAUAAAUAACAUUUUAAUGGAGUUUCAUCAUCAAAAUGGAAGAAGCAUCAGGAAAUAUGACAAAGAAGAAGAUUUGCAUGCAACGUCCCUCGAAAUCCGACUACUUAGACAACAUGGUUUUCAUGUAUCAGAAGAUAUAUUUGAUGUGAUAAUCGAAAAAAUAGAAAGUGAAACGUUCAAGGGUGACGAUAUAAAUAGUAUCAUAUCUUUGUAUGAAGCGUCAUAUCUCUCCACGAAAUCGGAUACUAAAUUGCGUGAAGUCAUCAGACCUUUUGCGACAGAACAAAUAAGAAAAUUUGUUGAUAGUGGUCAUGAUGGUGAAACAUGCAACCUUGAGGUACGUGAGAGGGCGAUUCAUGCGCUAGAAAUGCCGUACCAUUGGAGAAUGAGAAGGCUAGAAACGAGAUGGUACAUAGCUGUGUACGAGAAGAAACAUGACAUGAAUAUUGUCUUGCUCGAAUUUGCAAAAAUCGAUUUCAAUAUCGUACAAAUUGCUCAUCAAGAAGAUCUCAAAUACGUUUCCAGCUGGUGGAAGGAAACAUGUUUGGUUAACCAACUUCCUUUUGUAAGAGACAGAAUAGUCGAGAAUUAUUUUUGGACCGUUGGAUUAAUAUAUGAACCUCAAUUUGGAAAUAUACGACGGAUCAUGAGUAUAGUCAAUGCACUUGUUACAACCAUUGACGACAUUUACGAUAUAUAUGGCACUCUUGAAGAGCUUGAACUUUUCACUGACUUGGGUGAUAAUUGGGAUGUAAAUCGUCUUGAUGAGCUACCCGAGUACAUGAGGUUGUGUUUUCUUAUUCUGUUCAAUGAAAUCAACAGCAUUGGAUGUGACAUUCUCAAAUAUAAAAAUAUUGACGUCAUCCCUUUUCUAAAAAAAUCGUGGGCAGAUUUAUGUAAUACAUGUCUAGUUGAAACAAAGUGGUACAAAAAAGGAUACAAACCAAGCGUGGAAGAAUACAUGCAAAAUGCUUGGAUUUCAAUUUCUGCCCCAACAAUAUUGAUUCACUUUUACUGCAUUUUCUCUGACCAAAUAUCGGUUCAAAUCUUGGAAAGUUUGUCUCAACACCGUCAAGAAAUUGUCCGAUGCGCGGCCACCAUCCUUCGUCUGGCUAAUGACCUUGGAACUUCGCCGGAUGAAUUGGCGAGAGGAGACGUUCUCAAAUCUGCCCAGUGUUACAUGCACGAGACGGGAGCGUCGGAGGAAGAGGCACAUGCACACGUGCAGCAGAUGAUCCGUGACACGUGGGAUGAAAUGAACUCCGAAACAAAAACGGCACGCACUAUAUCGUUACUGUCUCGAGGUUUUUUGGAAGCCGCAGUUAACCUGGCACGCAUGUCGCAGUGCAUGUACCAAUACGGCGAUGGUCAUGGAUGUCCCGACAAAGCGAAAACCGUUGAGCGUGUCACGUCCUUGCUUGUUAAUCCGGUCCCAUUAGAUGGACUUAAUUAAAACUAAACUUAUAUUUUUAAACCAAUCCUACUUUAUGCAACUGAGACAAUGACUUAAAUUAGCUUGGGGAUUACACUGUCAAUACACUGAGAAUCAACACAAACAAAAAGACAAUGGAACGAUGCAUAUAUGAAUCUCUUUUCGGCUACAAUGAAGACAGUAAAAUUACACAAAACAAAGAAACAUAGCUAAUCAAAAGCAACAUGAAUUUAAAUCACAAGAUUCACAAUCAUCACCAAAGUUAUAUCUCUUCUUUCCUAUGACCUUCCAGAAUCUUAAGUUCUUAACUAUGCACUAACAAGAACACAAAAAACUGAAUCGGCCUACUUGCAAAGUCUACAUUGACAAAACUUCUAUGUUCCAAAGAAAUCAAGAAUGAAGACUGUGCAAUGAAAAAAUGCUCACAAAAUCCAAUGAAAAGGUCUUAACUUUUUUUUUUGUAACACAUGAAAAGGUUAACUUAAUCACUAUUUCCCUUGCAGUCUGACCUUAGUCACCAUGACUUCGUAAACCUAAAGACCUCUACCGCGCUAUUAACAAAUAAAAA